CCUGUCUAUACAUUCGCUAUAGCUUGACUCCUCCGGGCUCCUUUAGCUUUCUUUCCUUUCUUUCCCCCCUCUGGAUUGUUUGUCGGAUUACCUGUGGAGGGAAGCCGGCCCUAUUUGCUUCCAUGGUCGCCUGGAUAUGUCGAAUCUAUCAGAACAGCCAUGGACCGAGGAGGAGAAGUAUACUCUGCUUACCGAAAUAUUGAAGAAGGCCGGGGUCCCCUCUAGUCACCUAUUUAAGAUGAUCCGAGAUUUCAAUAUCACCCCAAGCUGGGCGGACAUACCCCUUCCUCCAGGCCGUUCUCUCAACUCCUGUCAGGUGGCAUUUUACAGUAUGUGUCCACAACAUGUUCAAUUACCUCUCAACCCAAGCUUUGCACCCUUCCCUCCUCCGCGCCAUGAACCCUCGGCUCCUCCAGCUCCUGUGCUUGACAAUAGCCAAACCCGAAAGCGCCUACUUUUCCCCUCGGAUAAACCAAUCCUAGCUCCGCGUGCGAUACAACCCCGGCCAACCACCAGUACAGCUUCGUUCAGCAGUGAGAGUGGCGCGUCAGCCUUAUUAUCCCCAGGUUCGGAGAGCAUGCCACCCCGAGGUGAACCACCACGCAAGCGCGGUCGACCCAGCAAAGCCGAAUCAGAGAGGCGAAAAGCAGCCGCUGAAGCUCGCGGAGAAACAUAUCCACCUCCAAGGCGAACUGGCUUCAACAAAAUGAAAGCCCCUUCUACACCAACCAGUCCCUCGAGCAUCGAACCUCUGGCUGCCUCGUUCAUUCCUCAUGCCAGUGGUAGUCCGCACCCAAGUGUACUACGAUCUGAUCUGCAUUAUGUACCUCCGCCCGGAAGACCCCCGAGACUUUCAGGGCCAAAUGAAAAUGAGGGGAUUAGGGAUGCACCCCGUCGUGACAUAGGACCUCCGAUGAGAGACUUGCCCCGACCAACGGAAAUGAGGCAGACAAUACCUUCCUCACAAACACUAGAAUCAGGACAGAGGAAAACGAUCCCACGCAUGGAUCCUGGGGAGCGAUCCUUUGAGGCACCCCCACCAGAUCGAAUAUCUUUCGGUGAUAGCAGUCGGAUAUCUCUCCUUCAUAGAUGCCCAGAUGAACCACCUAUCUCAGUUCCGGAGGUACCUCUGCACACUUCGGCUGAGAAACGAGCCGAAUGACCUUCAGUCAUUUGGUUACCCAGUCAUAUAAAUUCGCUAGUCUGAAAAGCCAUUGAGACACGAUGAAUGAAUUACACUGUCGAUUAUGACAUAGAUAGCAUUGAUUUGGACGCAGAUCUCACAUUACGACCUGGGAUGAGUUACUGAAAAAUAAAGGCUACGAGCAGCAUACACCACAACACUUGGUUUCUUCUUUAUUUCAUUCCUUUUGCUUCUAAUUCUGUGGGUGGGGUGAUGAACUCAGCAAUGCAUUUCUUGGAUAUCUUCUCGUUUUUAUCAUUAUAUCUAAGCUAGCAAGCCUGAUAUAUCAUUACAGAUCUAGCCAGUGAACCAACUUUGUCCUGUAUGCGUCUCUGGUUCAUAGAACUAGCAUAGAGCAAGUCAGCACCUUGUCAGUCACAAACAAAGCCUCAGGAUACGUUAAUACAAUUUUA